UGGGGUGGAGCCCGCCCCCGGCGGCUGCCGGCAGUCCGGCUGGGCGGGUGCAGAGGACGCGUCUGGCGGUGCGGGGAGCCAUGGAGCGCCUGGUCCAGCGGGUCCGAGACGCUUUCCGGAGCGGCCGGUCGCGCCCCCUGAGGUUCCGGCUGCAGCAGCUCGAGGCGCUGCGCAGGAUGGUGCAGGAGCGCGAGAGGGACAUCCUGGCGGCCAUCGCCUCGGACCUGAGCAAGGGAACAAGAUUUUGCUCUGGCUUUAGUGAGCUGAACGCAUACAGCCAGGAAGUCAUUACCAUUCUCGGGGAAGUUGAUCUCGUGCUGGAGCAGCUUCCUGAGUGGAUUACUGCUACGCCCGCCAAGAAGAACCUGCUCACCAUGAUGGAUGAGGCCUAUGUCCAGCCAGAGCCCCUGGGGGUCGUCCUGAUUAUAGGGGCUUGGAACUACCCCUUCGUGCUCACCAUGCAGCCACUGAUCGGAGCCAUUGCUGCAGGAAAUGCUGUGAUUAUCAAGCCUUCUGAACUAAGUGAAAAUACAGCCAAGAUCUUGGCUAAGCUCCUCCCCCAGUAUUUAGACCAGGACCUGUAUGUUGUGGUUAAUGGUGGUGUUGAUGAAACCACCGAGCUCCUGAAGCAGCGAUUUGACCACAUUCUCUACACUGGAAACACUGCGGUUGGAAAAAUUGUCAUGGCAGCUGCUGCCAAGCAUCUGACCCCUGUGACUCUGGAACUGGGAGGGAAGAGUCCGUGCUACAUCGACAGAGAUUGUGACCUGGACGUCGCCUGCAGACGCAUCGCCUGGGGGAAGUACAUGAACUGCGGCCAAACCUGCAUUGCUCCCGACUACAUUCUCUGUGAACCAUCUCUCCAGAGUCAAAUCGUGCAGAAGAUUAAGGAAACUGUGAAGUCACCGCGCUGCCGCUGCCGCCGCCCACGCCUCACCGCCCGGGAGAAGAUCACAGUUCGGGAUACACCUUCUACUCAAGUCGUACCACUUUUGUACCGGCAUAAAGUCCACAAAUCUGAAGCUGAGCCCUCAAAGUUGGAAACAGAAUUUUAUGGAGAAAAUAUAAAGGAAUCUCCUGAUUAUGAAAGGAUCGUCAAUCUUCGUCACUUUAAGAGGCUCCUGAGUUUGCUUGAAGGACAGAAGAUAGCUUUUGGUGGGGAGACUGAUGAGGCCACCUGCUACAUAGCCCCAACAGUACUUACUGACGUUGACCCUGAAACCAAGGUGAUGCAAGAAGAAAUUUUUGGACCAAUUCUUCCAAUAGUGCCUGUGAAGAAUGCAGACGAAGCCAUAACGUUCAUAAAUGAGCGCGAAAAGCCAUUGGCUCUCUACGUGUUUUCUCACAACAGCAAGCUCGUCCGGCGGAUGAUUGACUGCACGUCCAGCGGGGGUGUCACGGCCAACGACGUGAUCAUGCACUUCACGCUCAGCUCCCUGCCCUUCGGGGGCGUGGGUUCCAGCGGGAUGGGAGCCUAUCACGGAAAACAUAGUUUCGAUACUUUUUCUCAUCAACGUCCCUGUUUAUUGAAAAGCUUAAAGAGAGAAAGUGCUAACAAACUCAGAUACCCUCCCAACAGCCAGUCAAAGGUGGACUGGGCAAAAUUCUUCCUUUUGAAACGAUUCAGCAAAGGGAAACUCGGUCUCCUGCUCCUCGCCAUCCUGGGCGUGGUGGCCGCCGUGCUGGUCAAGAAACACCGGGCUGUGCUGAGGAGGGAGGCCCUGCUGGGCUUCCUGGCCGCCCCGGGAGCCGUGUGAGCGGACGUGUCAGGAACCAGCUGUCUGUGGGAGUGAGGCUGUGUACUACUGAAGAGUGAUCCUGUUCCGCCUCCUCGCCGCCCCCACUGAAUUAUUCCUCUGUGAAGCAGUUAAUGAAGCCAUCGGUUUAGCAUCCUCCCCAAAAUGGAAAGAGAAUAUGCAGCACUGUAAUCAACCCUGACGUCAUUGCCAAGCGCCAUUAAUGCAACUUGCAUUUCAGCCAAAUCCCAGCAUUCCCCACUGAGGACACUCAGCACCUCCUCCAGACUGUGCUGCCCGGGUUGGGGCCAGGGAGGGAGGACGUCUGGAGCUGCCCCUGCAUCCCUGGCAGCUUAAAGGCGUCUCGGAACCAGCUCGGGGACUGCUUCCCCCCAGGUCCUGGGACAUGGGACACCCCGCCCGUCCCUGCUGUUGCCUCCAUCACUCUGGAAACUUUCAGGAGUUCAGUCCAGGGAGGUGAGGAUAGACUGUCCCAGGCUCUAGAACCGGGGAGAGGGGUCCCUGUCCCUCCUUCGCCCCUGGGGACCUGCGGACCUGACCUCCACGAGGCGGCCCACCCGGCAGACCAGGUGCUCCCUGGUUCCCGUCCACUCACCGUCCGGCCUUGUGUUUGGUUUGUGGCAUCUCUGGUCCCUGCCCACAGAGGCUUCCUGUGACGGCAGCCCCGAAGCCCCUGUAAACCCUGGGGCCUCCUGGAAGACGGCGCCCGUUUCGCUCGGGUGUCACCGUCACUCGCACGGUGUAGGCGUUCUGGGAUCUAAUCUCACAAACCCUGACUGGCACUUUAAAGGGAGUAGUGGGAGUGUGUACUUACAAGGCUUACCCUCUGUCAGGGCCCGGAAGUUGCAAGUUAGUGGUUUUCCCAGGACAGAUCUUUAAGUUUUUUAUUUCUGUAGCACAAUGCAAGUAAAUUGUACUUUUUUAAGCUUCAGAGAGGCCCCUUUUGGGGAACCCAUUUCCUGUCUGUCUUGGACAGGAGGCCUUGGAUGCUCAGGACCUCGGGGUGGGUCAUUUGGAGAAAUCUGCAGGAGGACUCGACGCCGUAGCAGUUGGCCAGGCUGAGGGGGUGGAGGACCGAGCAGCUCACCGGAGGGUGGCAGGACCUGCGGGCCCUCAGCCGGGGAUGAGCUAAUCAGGAGCCCCGAGGAGGGCGGGCUCCCCGCGGGGCCUGCUGAGGGACUGGCGGCCAGAGCCCCACCUUCCCCCCAUUUGAAACAGACUCCGCCCACUCAAUGAGAAUGUAGUUUACUUGAUGGAAUGUAUAAUCAGCUUUGUUGAAUGAGUUUGUUCCAUGAAGACUGUCUGAAGUAUCUUUAUCACAGAAUGAGGCGUCAAGAAUUAAUCACUACACUGGUUUAGGAGAAAGUUGCUUAAACUGUAACAAUAAAAUAAUCAUAAUUUCAAUAUGGCAUUUUCAUUUAGUAAAUUGUAAUUAUAAUUUCUAGUUAAACUAAAUUAUUGGCUUGUCUAGUAGUAUAUUCUGCUUCAGAAUAAACCAUUAUAUUUGAUGAAAGUGGUAUGAUUUCCAUAACAUUCUUAGCGUGGAACCUCAGACAUGGUCUUUGGGAGAGAAUUCUUUGAUCAUGUAUUUUCUCCACCUAUAAAUACAUACUUUGUCUUUACCAAAGGCGGGGUCUCAGCUUUCUUUAAGACCUGCGUCCUCGUUUUAAAUUCCAGCUAAGGAGGUUUUCUCAGGCUUUGCUUUCUGCCCUUCGUGAGUUUGGUUUUUGUUUUUUAAAAUACCUAUGUAGUAAAUAGUUUUUUCCACCUACA